AUACAAGGUGCUUAUAAAAAUUUUAUGAUAUAUUUCCCUAUAAAAAAAUAAUAUGCGUUUUUUUUUAAAAAGUGAGAAAACACGUACGAAAGGUUAAUUAUAAUUUUCUCCUCAAUACAAAAUUUUGUGACACCAUAUGUUCCGGAAUGUUUUGAAAAACACUUGUUUAUGUUAAUCCGUAGUAAAGGUUCAAAAACUUUGGCUUGCUAUAAUUAGGGUUCUUUUUCUUGAGUAUGAGUGGUCACGAAAACAUACAACUUUUGCAAGCGAAUAUUAAAACGGAAGAAGAAAAGCAGAACAAGGAGAAAAAAUUAGAAGAAUCAUAUGGAACGCUCAAAAAUGAGGAUGAAGAGGAUGGAUCUAAAACUGCUGAUCGAAUUAUUAUAAUAAAUGGCCAUCAGCUUCACAAGUAUUCUUCUAACAAAAUAAGCACAGCAAAGUACAACUUUCUAACGUUCCUGCCAAAAUUUUUAUUGGAACAGUUCAGUCGUUAUGCGAAUGUUUUCUUUUUGUUAAUAGCUCUACUGCAGCAAAUUCCAAAUGUUUCCCCAACUGGACGCUACACAACUGCUGUGCCAUUAUUGUUUGUUUUAUCUUGUUCAGCUAUUAAAGAGAUCAUUGAAGAUGUGAAACGACACAGAGGCGAUGAUCAAACCAAUAAUCGACGUAUUCAAGUUAUUCGAGAGCAUCAAUUGCAGACUGUAAAGUGGACAGAGGUGGUGGUUGGAGAUAUUGUCAAAGUUGAAAAUGGGCAUUUCUUUCCAGCUGAUCUUAUUUUGCUUUCAUCCAGUGAACCAAUGGGAAUGUGUUAUAUUGAAACUGCAAAUCUUGAUGGUGAAACUAAUUUAAAGAUUAGGCAGGCUUUACCCUUGACAGCAGAGAAAACGACAGUGGAGGAGAUUAGUGACAUGUCUGGGAAAUUGGAAUGUGAAGGACCAAAUAACAGGUUGUACGACUUCAUUGGAAAUAUUAUUUUAGACGGGAACAGUGCUGUACCUUUAUCUGGUGAUCAAGUGUUAUUGCGAGGUGCACAGUUACGAAAUACAAAAUGGAUAUUUGGGUUUGUUGUUUACACUGGCCACGAAUCCAAACUUUUACAAAAUGCGACUGCUGCUCCAAUUAAACGUUCGAAUGUUGAUCGAAUGACAAACAUUCAAAUCUUAUUUUUAUUUGGCUUAUUACUUCUGCUAGCUUUAUUGAGUGCUAUUGGAAACACUGUUUGGACAAACAAACACAAAUCAGCCUGGUAUCUGGGUUUUGGAGAUAUGAAGGCUCAAAAUUUUGGUUUUACCUUCCUAACGUUUUUUAUAUUAUACAACAACCUCAUACCUAUUAGUUUACCUGUCACAUUAGAGGUUGUUAAAUUUUUGCAAGCUCAAUUUAUCAACUGGGACUUAGAUAUGUAUUAUGAAAGUUCAGAUACUCCUGCUAUGGCAAGAACAUCGAAUUUAAAUGAGGAGCUAGGUCAGGUAAAAUUCAUCUUUUCUGACAAAACUGGAACAUUAACUCGCAAUAUAAUGGAAUUGAGAAGAAUGACUGUAGCUGGUGUAAACUAUGGCGGCGAGGGAGAUAAAUUUAAUGAUCCAAAAUUUGUUAAAGAUCUGCACAAUUCUGAUCAUGCACACCAUAUUCGUGAAUUCUUAACAUUGAUGUCUGUCUGUCACACGGUUGUUCCUGAACGUGAUAACGAUGAUCAUGCGAAGAUCAUUUAUCAAGGCGCUUCACCAGACGAAGAAGCUUUAGUUAAAGGUGCUGCUUCAUUUGGCUAUGUAUUCAACACACGAACCCCAACGUCUGUCGUCGUCGAUAUGGAUGGCUCAGAAUCAGUGUUUGAAAUUUUAAAUGUACUAGAGUUUGACAGCACAAGAAAACGGAUGUCUGUCAUUGUUAAAACACCUGAUCAACGAAUCAAAUUACUGUGCAAGGGAGCUGAUACUGUGAUAUAUGAACGAUUAGCAGAAGAACAAGAAUUCGCUGAUAUCACGUUAAAACAUCUGGAGGACUUCGCAAAAGACGGUUUAAGAACGCUAUGUAUUGCUGUUGCUGAGAUAAGUAAUAGCGAUUACGAGGCUUGGAACAAAACGUAUUACGAAGCAAGCAUAGCGCUGGAUGAUCGAGAUAAAAAGUUGAACGAGGCAUCGGAACUAAUUGAAAGAAAUCUCACCUUAGUGGGAGCGACCGCUAUUGAGGACAAACUUCAAGAAGGUGUACCAGAAAGUAUUGCUAAUCUGUCAUCUGCAAACAUCAAGAUCUGGGUACUAACUGGUGAUAAGCAAGAAACAGCUAUAAAUAUCGGAUAUUCUUGUCGUUUGUUGAGAGAUGAAUUGAAUUUAUUGAUUUGUGAAGGAAAGAGUCCCACAGAGGUUCGUGGUUGGAUUAAUGACCAGCUUAUCAAAUACGAUAUUCAGAAAUUCAAAGCUGUUAAAAAGAAGCAGAAACGAGUAGUGAAAGAAACCAAAGAUUUAGCAUUGAUUGUAACUGGUUCAGUUCUUCACCACGCUUUGCACGAUGAAUGUAAAGAUUGGUUCUUGGAUUUAGCUUUAGUCUGUCGUGCGGUUAUAGCCUGUCGCGUCUCACCGCUACAGAAAUCACAACUGGUGCAAUUGGUCAAACAAAACGUCCAAGGCGCAAUAACGUUAGCAAUCGGCGAUGGAGCGAAUGACGUCAGUAUGAUCCAGGCUGCACAUGUUGGUGUUGGUAUUAGUGGACAAGAAGGUUUGCAAGCUGCUACAGCUUCUGAUUAUGCUAUAGCGCAGUUUCGCUACUUGAAUAAAUUGUUGUUCGUGCAUGGAGCAUUUAGCUAUCAAAGAUUAUCCAAACUUAUCUUAUAUUCAUUUUACAAAAAUAUCUGUCUCUACGUCAUUGAGCUUUGGUUUGCAUUCAGCAACGGAUUUUCUGGGCAGAUUCUUUUCGAUAAAUGGUGUAUCGGUUUGUACAAUGUUAUCUUCACAAUGUUGCCGCCAUUAGCAUUUGGUUUAUUUGAUCGAACGUGUUCAUCCGAAGCAAGAAUGACAUGUCCAAGGCUGUACAAAAAUUCGCAGCAAUCUCAUCUGUUUAAUGUGAAGGUGUUUUGGAUUUGGAUAUUUACAGCGAUAUAUCAUUCCAUACUGUUGUUUUAUUUACCUCGGCUGAUAUUUGAACACGAUGUUGCAUUUUCAGAUGGUUUGGUUGUCGGGCAAUGGUUUGUGGGUGAUGUUGUGUAUACUUGUGUCGUCAUCACCGUGUGUUUGAAAGCCGCACUUGAAAUUGACACUUGGAGCAUAUAUUCGCAUAUUUCAAUCUGGGGAAGUAUUAUCAGUUGGUUUAUAUUCUUGCUCAUCUAUUGCACUCCAUUGUUGGCGAUGGCAUUAGCUCCAAACAUGAUUGGACAGGACCGUAUGCUGUACACGUGUGUUUUGUUUUGGUUGACUGCACUCAUUAUACCUGUUAUUACGUUGUUUGUCGAUUUCUUGUUCCAUUCAUUCCAAAGAACGUUUAAAAAGAACACUCGUCAAAAGAUUCAAGAAUUAGAACUGAAAGGAAUCCAACCUUCUGAUUGGGUUAUUGGAGACGACGGAGUACCACAAAGAAGACACUCCACCUUUGAAGAAAUUCCUAAAAUGAAUGCUAGUUUCCGUGGAGAUCGCGGGUUUGCAUUCUCACAAGAAGAACAUGGACAAAUCUCUCAGGCUGAGAUGAUUAGGAUGUACGACACCACACUUGAAAAACCAAGAGGAAAUUAAAGUAGUAACAUUUAGUUAGGACGAUAUACAAUUUGUAUUUUUCUAUAUUUUUUUUAUAAAUAUUGUACAUAAGUUGUCAGGGUUACUUACUUCCAGCAGAGACAACAUCGAUUUCUUUACUGGCGUAAUGAAAUUUCAUUUUCUGGAAAUUAUGUUUGUUAAAUUCAAUAAACAGCUUGAAACUUGUCAUUUUUCUCCAUGUUAGAAUUUCUAAAAUAAGCCCCUUCACCCCUUGCCACAUAAACCAAGGUGUCUAUUGGACCUUUUAAAAGUUUGAAUUUAGAAUAGGCAAUCUUGCCGAUCCUAAAUACCAUCAUUCUCUAGAAAAAAACUGUUAUUUUCAAGAGCUAUGUUUCAGCUAUGAAUUUGAUUCAUUUUUUAAAGUAUUACACGUUUGCGAUUAUUUUUUUAUUAUUAUUUUUAAAAUUUAUUUUUUUACAACAUAUGUUAUGUAAUUUAUUUAGAAUUUUUGUUUUGUAAGCAUGAAAUUAUAUCUGGAGAAAUUAGUGAUUUGUUUUUAUCGUUAAAUGUUGCCAAAAGUAGUCCGUAAUUUACUUGAACUAAAAAUUACGAAAGCACAUGGACCGAUUUUUUUUUGUAUUUUAUAAUACGUUUAUUUGUCAAAAUUUACGCUUCCCACAAUGCAUUAUUUCCCGCUGAUUUGAGUUUGUUCUUGCGAAAAUUUUUCCAGCGGUUCUGUUCUCAAUUAGCUAAGCGUCUGUGAAAUCGUCAGUCUUUUAAAUGUUUCAAACGAAGUUAAAAGAAAACUAAUACUGCAAUUGCCUUUAUGCAAAGUACAUCGUUUAUAAAGAUGAGAUGAAUAUUGUGAAGAUUUUGUUUGGAAGCAUUAGUGUUGAACUAUGUAAUGUCAUUUAUUUUUUUCAGUUUCUGCUAUGGUAACUAACUGUAAUGAAAAAUGUAAUGUAAAAACAACAAAAUUUAAUAGUUUGUAUCUUGAUGUACCCGUGAAAGAGAUUAUUUAUAUUUCCGUGA